AUGCUGUGCGACGUGCUCGUCGUGGACCAUACUGUCACCCGUGUCUAUGCAGUCGCGCGUAAAUUACUGCUAGGAUCCCUGGUGCAUGGCACACUGUCUAAUCCUUGGAAACCAAAGGACGAGAAUUGCGAUCGCCUAUUUCAAACUCGGCAACAUGCCUUGCGUACGGGUACAAAAUGCCAGCAGAUUGCCAAAUCAUGGAGAGUUGCAUCCGAUACCGAUCUCGGCAUCUCGACCAUGCCAGUGUUUACCAUAUCCCUCGUCUCCGUUCUAGCGGCCAUUGUCAGCCUGGCUUCCGCUCAAGUCGUCGACGACUCUCAAUGCGAUUGCUACGUAACCGACGGCCGCUUUCCAACCUACUACCAAAACCAUGGAUUCUGGGACUUUCGCUCUCUGUCGCGCUGCGCCGGCGUACCCCCAAUCAUUCGAGAGGUCGACGGGAACCUCAAUGCCAAUGUGACGUGCUCUCUGUUCGACUGGAGCCACCCGUUUACCGACUUCUGGGCCCCUCAGCACUGGACCAACGCCAACAAGACGUUUCCCAUGGUUGUGACGUACAAUAACCUGUAUAUUGAGCACAACCCGGGCGGCCGCCGCGACCACCAGAGACACGACACCUUUCUGACAAUGCGCACCUCGCGCCUGCCCGGCUUCCAGACCGCCGCCGAGCUCCAAUCCAUCCACAAGCUCGACCACGCCUCCGUCCGGAUGCUCGCCCGCACGCACGGCUCGCCCGGCGCGUGCACCUCCGUCUUUACCUACUUGGGCGCCAAGCGCCUCCGCGACGUGCAGGAGAGCGAUGUCGAGAUGCUGACGCGCGAGUCGGCCGCCACGGCGAUCCACUACACCAACCAGCCGUCGUACCUCGAGGACGGCACCUUGAUCACGGGCGCCGCGUACGCGGCCACGCUGCCCAACGGCCGUUGCUGGUCCGACUGGAUCACGCACCGCCUCGAUUGGACGCCGGGCCGCACCACGUUUAGCGUCGACGGCGUGCAGAGCCACACGCAGACGUUUCAGGCGCCGCGCGACCCCAGCUACGUCUUGCUCAAUGCGUGGAGCGACGGGGGUGUGUGGACGGGUCAGAUGCGCGAAGGCGGCGAGGCCUUUCAAAAUGUGCAGUGGAUCGAGAUGCUUUACAAUCUUUUGCCAGCGGGGGCUCAGUGCAACAGAACAUGUAGCAUUGAUAAGUCGCCCCAGGUCGGCAAGCCCGUACAUGUUUAG